GACUUUCAAUUUCCGUGCCCUAUUGGCUAGUCAACUUCGUGCGCAUCAUACGAUUCGUUAGAUGCAUUAAGGAGGAUUAACAGACCCCAACGAGACGGUUUUCGGAUGUAAAAAGGAAAUGAGAUCGAGUUCCAAAGAGCAGCAUCGAUCCAACAUCCAUAGUUUUCCCAAGAAUCGAAAGAACGCGAGGAUUCUCAACCGACCAAGUAUCAGUGUGUGGAUUAAUUAACUUAUUUUUUAAGAAACGAGCAUCUUGAGGAUUCGAUAACCCCCGAAACAAUGGCAAAGCGAGAAUGCGGAAAUCAACCAAAUAGUCCUAUGUGGCUAAACCAAGCGAAUUACAGCUUGCUGGCCCUCGAGGGACAGUUCAUCGAGCGUGAGCGUUACCUAAGUCUUAUCCGUAAUGAAUGCGACAUGCCAAAUCCACAUUCGCUGCAACCUACUCGACCUGAAGCCCGGGCAAAUGGAAACCCUUCGACAAGUUCUUAUCCACAGGAAAGAGUGAAGGACAUUAUUCUGGCUCUUGAGCGACUUCUCAUUUUUAACCGAUAUCCAUCUGGCAACAAGCCAGUAGCAAGGCCUAUUGCAACAAAGAAGUCCCUGGAUCGACCGAAAAGCAAAUCACUACCUUAUGUUGUCCAAUGUGCCCGACAACGUCGCUUCAACAGCUGCGCAUUUUUGAAGGAUGGCUAUGUCGAGCAGUUCAGAAAGCAAGCUUUGCAAAAGAGCAAGAAGUUUAAAAUAUUUGUGGCACAAGCACUUUCCGAAGCUAAAAGAACCGAGGAUGAACGCCGUGCCUUCGAACAGGAUAUGCGCAAGAAUAAGUUGAAGAACUGCGGACUAAUCCCUGAGUCCAAUAUUACCAUCGAGGAUGAGUCGAAAAAUAAAGAAAGGUUCGCUCUGCAGACCAAUAAGACACUAAAUCGCCCCGAGCCCAUCAUCAUCAGUGAGGAUUUCGCUCAGCCUACCAAACACAUCGUCAUCAGCGAUGACGAAUCAGAAGAAGAGGAGACCGCUAUCGAGUCUUUCAUUAUCAGCGAGGACGAAUCAGAUGAAAACGAAAACGAGGACUUCGCCCAGCCGACCCAAGAACCCCUUAAUCGUCCCGACCUCAUCAGCGAGGAUAAGUUUGAAGAAAUUGAGGAGUUUCCGCAGCUGACCAAGGAGCAUAUGAAUCGUUUAAAAGAAUUAGAAGGAAGCCAUCCCGAGGAAUUCGUUGUUAGUAAGUUCAAACUGGAUGUCAACAUCAGCGACAUUAAAAUCCUAGUUGGAGGCAGAUGGCUCAACGACGUAGUAAUCAACUUCUACAUGAACUUGUUGACCGAUCGCUCGGAGAAGCGAUCAGGCCAGCUGCCCAGUGUCUACUCCAUGAACACUUUCUUUAUGCCACGUCUGCUGCAGAGUGGAUUCGAGGGCGUUAAACGCUGGACACGAAAGGUUGAUAUCCUCAGCAAGGACAUCAUUCUGAUUCCUGUCCACUGCAAAGGCGUUCACUGGACCAUGACAAUAAUCGAUAUGCGUAAAAAGUCGAUCCUUUACUAUGACUCGAAGGGGGGAGCCAACCAGAAUUUGCUGGAUACACUGGAAAAAUACCUGCGAGAGGAAUCGUUGGAUAAGCGCAAUCAGUCUUUCGACACCAGCAAUUUUCGCAUCGAAAAAGCGCGAAACGUACCGCAGCAGAAAAACAACUCCGACUGCGGCGUUUUCAGCUGUAUGUUUGCUGAGUACAUUACUCGAAAUGCUCCAAUCACCUUUUCGCAGGACAAAAUGGUCUAUUUUCGCAAAAAGAUGGCCUUGGAGAUCAUGGACGGCGAGCUGUGGAAAUAGGCGUUCUGCUUCGUUUUGUUAAGACGAAGACAUCUUUAAUGUAACAGAGAAACUUUAUUUUUAGUACAGCCUUAGCCAGCAUUAUUAGUAGCUAUAAGUCACAUCUUCUUUGAUGUUGUAAAUGUAUUCAAAAUCGAAGGGUUUUCUAUCGAUUUUCCUAACGGGUAUAUAGCUUGCUCCUUUGUUUGGAAACUUGUAUUACCUUAUCAAUAAAGAUA